AAUCAAAGUAGAUAAAUAAUUUUCAAAGAAAAUUUUAUGCCAGAUGAAGCAAUUAUUCAAACCUUAAUCAUGACAUCAACAGUUAUCAAGAAACAAACGUCUGGUGAGGAAGAUCCUAAAAUACCGGCCUAUAAAAAGUUACCUCCUAUACCAAACCAGCAAAAAAUGAUGAACAGGAAAGUGAUAUCUCCAGCUUCUGUAUCAGUAGACUUCAAUGCACCAAAUGUCCAAUCAAAACAGGUUUUAGGUGGUAAAGUUUCUGUGAGGAAGGGAUCUGCUGAUUCGACAAAAUCUGAGACAGUGAAAUCACCAGCCAAUCAAAAGGCAGCUAAUAAAAGGUCUAGUCCAUUAGGAAGUGGGGUGAAAUCAGGUGUAAGAUUAAAUGGGGAAGUUGCCUCUGACCUGUCCAGUAGUGGAAUAGAGUUGAUUGGUUAUAAAAUGACCAAUGGGCAGCUGACAUCAAGUACAGGGAAAAUGCCAGUCCCGCAACAAGCCAGUGACUGGACCCCAUUGAGUUCAGAGUUACCUCCCUGUAGAAUUUGUGGUGACAAAGCCUCUGGAUUACAUUAUGGUGUUAACACAUGUGAGGCUUGUAAGGCUUUCUUUAGACGUACCUUGAAGAAGUCGACAAUCAAUUUCCAAUGUACAUGUACACCUGAAGAAAAAGCCCUAGGCACUGACGAGCCGAGGAAAACGACAUGUCCUAAAUGUCGUUAUGAGAGAUGUAUCAAGACAGGAAUGUCAAAAGAUGCUAUCAAGAUUGGUCGAUACACGAUUUCACGUAAACGUCAAAAUGACCGUGAAGUGAAGACAUUGAAGAGCGGGGAGAAAACCGAGGGUGUACGAAGGGCCAGUGAGAGUUCUAAAAGUACUUCAUCCAGCUCCCCGUACAGUACAAGUCAGAGUGUUAGUUCACCUGAAGAGUUAUCUUCAGAUAUUACCUCCCUUAGUUUACAAGAGAAAAAGAUGAUAAGCAGUGCUAAGAAGCGCCGGCAUGACGAGGAGGAUGGUUUACUAUACCAGUCACUUACAAAUAGUAUCUUUAAAUCUCUGAUGGAGAAUAACAAACUGAAGCCCCCUGCAGUGUCCCUCAAUCAAACUUUAUCACCUGUCGAACAGCUAUUGACAUCUGACAACGAUUCAGACACCAAAAUUUCACCAAUGGAACAACUUUUUACUUCACACAGAAUCACAACUACAGACUUAUCUAGUUCAGAUGGUGAAGUAAAUAUGCCAAAUAUCGAUCAUUUAGUGAGUGUGAACGAAGAGGAAGAGGCCUUUUCUCCAUUAGCGCAGAUUUUUGAAACAUAUGGUCCAUUUUCCGAUGAGUUUUCCCCAGUUGAAAAUCUUUUCACCCAACCCAUUGUCUCAAACACAGUGUCUUCAACAGGUAGUGUACAUGUCGAUAGUGAUAUUCAGAUUGUCCCGGGUCAUAAUGGAAUAAGUGAACAUAAUGGUGAAAUUCCGUAUGAUUCCGUUCGUGACGAAGCCUUGACAACGGCACUUUUGGGAAUAUACGAUGGCAGUGAGAUUAACUCGAAAAAUCAAGGUUCGGAGCAAUUACAUGACAGUAAACUAAUGGAAGAAUCUCCAAUUGAAAAUUUGCUGAAGGCACCAGUGACAUUAAUGACUGAAUCACCUGCCUUCACAGAAAUGGAAAAUAACUAUUCUAGUGAGGUAUAUAAUGCCAACACAGGACACCCAGUGAAUGGCACAUUGCUGGAAAACAAUACAAUUAAUGGUGACAUUUCUCAAAACAUUCAAAUUCUAGAGAAUGGCUACCAUCAGGUUAAUGGUGAAAAUGUUCCAGGCCAACUGGAAGGAAAUACAUUCAUUGCAUCUAAAGCAAAUAUGAUUGAAGAACCAGUUUCCUCGGACCGAGAGUGCAAUGAAGGUUACUUUACAGGGAAAGAAGUUAAUAAUGAGAACCAAACGGAUAAUCUGGAAGAUUUGUUAAUACAAGAGCAACAGUUAGCAAGGCUUGAGAAUCCAGCUGUACACGUGGGUGAUAAUAUGAGCGUAAAAGAAGCAACGCAGUUAAUUCUUACGUUAGGGCAGGCAGCUGGCGUGUUGUUUGAAAGUGCGAAGAAAAUGUCGUGCGAAGAGAUCAAGAAAAGACACGCUGCAUAUUUGGAACAAUAUGUUACCAAGAUGCAAGUAUUUGGCAACAUGUCGAAUAUCUCGAAGGAAGAAUAUCUUGAAUUUUACAAGCAGACGGGCAUCGACAUAGACAACAGACAGGAAAUUCUCAUUGAAGCGUUGAAAUACAUGGAAGAAUCGAUCGGUAAACUCGUUAAAUUCGCCAAAGCCAUCCCAGGUUUUUCUGAGCUCGACAUUGAUGACCAGGUCAAUCUUGUGAAAGGUAACAAGAGAGUUUAUGGGGAAAAGUAUAGACUGUAUCUUAUCAAAAUGAUUGGAUAUUGAAAGAUUUAUUUUAAA